AUGAUGAAGUGGUUAAUUGUCGCCUUCUUCAUUGUUAAUGUGGCUGCUUCGACCUAUGAUGACAAUGUUGCUACACGAUCAAUCAAGAUUGAAGGGAUUCUGAAGUGCUCCAAAGAGCCGUUGGUUGGGGCUGUCAUCAGAGUUUUUAAAAAUAACACUGAAGGUGAGUUAUAUUAAGAACUGCCUUGCCUUGCACUAUCCUACCUUACCCUACCCUACCUUACCCUACCCUACCCUACCCUACCCUACCCUACCCUACCCUACCCUACCCUACCCUACCCUACCCUACCCUACCCUACCCUACCCUACCCUACUCUACCCUACCCUACCCUACCAUAUUCUAUCAUAUUUUACUCUAUAUCUGCUUUGCACUGUCUUAUCCUACCAUACCCUACCCUAUAUUGGUCUACUGUAUCUUGCUUUACUUUACCCAGUCAGACCCUGCCCGACCCUGCCCAACUCUGCUUUGCCAACCCUGGUUGACCUACUGAACCAGAGGUGAUACUGGCAUAUGCUAAGCAGGACGAAUGAGAACCCUACCGUACAAUAUCAUAUCCUAACCUGCUCUAUCUCACCCUGCGCUACUAUACUUCACUCAUACUGCGACCUCUCUUUAAAAAUUUUAAAAAAUUGCCUACAGUCAAAUUUAAAAAUUAAAAAGAAAUUAUUUCCAGACCUUGGCCAAGUGAUUGCAACAGGAAAAACAGACAGCACUGGCAAGUUCUCGGUCGAAGGAGAUACUGCUCGCUUCAGCGCUGCUGAAUCUGAAAUUGAGCCUUUCUUGAGAAUCUAUCAUCAAUGUGAGGAGAAGGUCAGUUUUAAAAAUAUUUUUUUUUAAUUUAAGCCUAAAAAUAAUUUUUUAAAACAAAAAAGUCAUUUUUAAGCCUAAAAUAACUUCUUACUGCUUUAAGCCUAAAAUUUUUUCAUUAAAAUUUAGGCUUGAAACACUUACUAUAAGCCUAAUUUUUUAAAAUUUUAUACCCAAAAACCGUAUUUUAGAAGAGCUACAAGAGAGUGCAGCUCCAAGUCCCGAAAGACUUUGUCAGUUUGGGUAAGAUGCCACGUAGAACCUACAACAUCGGCCUUCUCAACCUGGAACUCGGCUAUCCUGGCCAAACUACAGUGAAAACUGUUGAAGGAUUGUAA